CUAUAACAGCAGAGUCAAGGUCUUGGUGGAUGUAAGCGAUGUUAUCCUCAAAAUGCUUUGCAGACAAGUCACAGAGAGCUACCGUUGGUUCUACCAUCUCCCUUGGGCCAGCCUGGAAAAGGCCCUGUACAACCUGGAAAGGCUCUACCGGACGACAUAAUGAGGAUGCCAUGGAGGCAGUAAAGGAGGCCUUUUUUGCUGUCUUCCCUGCCACUAGGGAGGCUCAAUAAUGAGCUCUUACCAGUGUUCGGUUGCAUUCAUUUGGAUCUUUCCUCCACUUGCAUUCAAGCCGUCUCCCAGCUUGUUUCCUCACCCUAAGCUCUGGAGUAGACCAGGGGGCCAGUCGGGCUCCACAAAGUUGGUGAGAGUGCUCAGGGGCAAACAUUCAGAUGUUCCAGAGGUCCUAGAGCCAUUUGGAAUCCCACUGGAUCCAUCAGCCUCCAAGGGAGGACCUUCCUAAUAGGUCCCCCAUCUCUGCAGAGGGGAAAAGGUGCCAACAGCCUAAAUCUCAAUGGGCUUUAGGAACAGAAUUUAGGAACAUUCUUCCUUUCACUGAAUAGCAAUAUUUAGAGUGCCUUCAGACUCACUGUUUUGCAGGAGGGAUUCAAGUGCAUGUUGGAACUUUAGACUUGAGCAUUUAAAGUGAGUUAAGUGUCCUGUCACCCUAGUGCAAUAAAUCCAUGGGAUGACCAGGGAUGGGGAGCCACAAUUUUUUUUGCAGUUUGCAAAGUGGCAGGGAAGUUCAUUGAAAAUGUGGGAUGAACAAUUAUGGGAAGAUGUGUAAACACCCUGGAAAACAAUGAAAUUUGGGUAUGCAAACAGCAGCUUGAAAUACAGUAAAGCCUUUGCCCCCCACCCACCUGCCCACUGCACUUUGCAGUGCUGUCCUCAUCAGAGAGGGGUGUGAGGGCUUCUUCAGCUGACACAUAAGACCUUUUGGGUUUCCCUUCCCCUGCAACCCACCCUUAGUCAGGAAGCUGUCAUCUGCUCUGACUGUCUCAAACCUGGUUCAGGUACAAAGUGAAUGCAGCUUAUAUUUUUUAGUUGGAUUGUAGCUGGGUUGAGGAAAAAUGCAUCUAAAGCCAGAUUUUCCUCAAGAAACUACAGGAUGGAUAUGGAUUGUGGCUAACAUCAUAUGUAUGCAGUUUCAAAAACUAGAAGAGGGAGCACACUGGAUGUGGAGUAGGCAAUCAUGUGUGUAUACCCUUAGGCUCUGUAAGGAGUGAGUGAACAAACAUACAUGCCUCACAUUCCAGACUAAAUCAUGAGUGGGCAUAACCCUUAACAUCAUAUUUUGUACUUAUUUCGAUAACAACACAUUUCUAAAUGGUUUAAUGGUUGCAUAUUUAUGGUGUAGGAUCCCAACUAUCUUUGGCAGGCAAACUUUUAAGACUUCACUGCUCCAGAGCAGUUGCUUCCCUGACCCUGAACUUGCCCCACUGACGGAUGCACAGACUCUGGAAGCCAUGCCCUCCGCAGACACGGGCGGCAGAUCUGCCUCCACCCAUUUUGUAUGUGUUGAGGAUAAGGAUCCCAAGAAUGGGCACUGGGUUCAUAUUCCCAUGAAAUCAUAAAUGAAACACGAUCCCUUUAAGAGAGUUGAUUCCCAUUAAAUCUGUGCUGCUGCUGCCGCCGCCGUAGCUUCUGGCAAAGCGACCCUCUCCUGCACCUCCCUGGUUCUCAGCUGUAUAAAAUUGAGGUCACUAGGAGCUCAGUUUCAGAACAAGUGAGUGAGAGCUGGUGAAUGCUACUUGCACACUGCUUCUCAGGAAGGCUGUGGGGGCUUAGAGGCAGCAGUGAAGCCAUGAAGGAGCUGGUGACUUGGUUGCUCUCAGCUUGGAUGGUAUGGGAAGCAGUUGGGAGCACUGCACGCCUCCACAAAGCAAACAACCAGGAUGGCAGAUGCAUCUAUUCUUUCACAGUCCCCAGUGCAAAUGAAGCCAGCUGCACUGACCCUGGGGAAGUGAUGGCCAUUAUCAGGGAUCUCCAGAGGGAAAGCAACAGCCAGCACCUGGAACUGGAGUCCUCCAAAGCAAGGCUCAGUCUCCUGGAGACCCUGGUCAGCCAGCUGCAUGGAAACCAAGCAGCAAGGAGUUCCUCCUCCUCUGUGGUGAGUUUGCUUCAAAAAGAGGUAGAGAGUCUGAAGAGAGAACAAGCCCAGAGGGACACACAGGUCAGCAGGUUGGAGUACACCAUCAGCAACCUGCUCCAAGACAAGUCUGACUUGCAAGAGGAUAAGAAGUGGCUGGAGGAAGAGAGGAAUGAGCUGGGAAGGAGGUUGGAGAACACCAUGCGGGAGGUGGAGCGGCUGAGAGCGAGCCAAUGUCCCCAGGCUGGAGAGGCACCCAGCAGGGACUCCCUUCAAGAGUCCAAGGGGAACACGGACACUCUGGACUACCAAGAGCUCAAAUCGGAGCUGGUGGAGGUUCCUGCAUCCCGCCUCCUUCAGGGAAGCCCCUUGCCUGGCCUCCCCAGCGCAGAGGGGGGAGAAUCAGGCUGUGGAGUGCUCAUAUCGGUUGAUGAACCAGUGACCUUCCGCAGGGCAGAGACCAUUGCUGGCAAGUAUGGCGUGUGGAUGAGGGACCCAGAACCCAUCUCUCCCUACAGCCGAGAGACAACUUGGAGAGUUGAUACCGUUGGUUCGGAUGUCCGCCAAGUCUUUGAGUACAACAAUGUGGAUCAGUUCACCAAAGGCCACCCUUCCAAAGUACAUGUGCUGCCCCGAUCCAUGGAGAGCACUGGAGCUGUUGUUUAUCGGGGUUCCCUCUACUUUCAGAUGCGCAAGUCUAGAAUAAUGGCAAAAUAUGACCUGAAGACAGAAGUUAUUACGGUCCAAAAGGAGCUACCCAAUGCUGGCUACCACGGACAGUUUCCCUACUCAUGGGGUGGAUAUACAGACAUUGACUUUGCAGUUGAUGAGAUGGGGCUGUGGGUAAUUUACAGCACUGAAAACGUAAAGGGGGCCAUUGUGUUUUCUAAACUGGACCCAGAGACCAUAGAGAUUGAACAAACAUGGGAAACCAACAUCCGCAAGCAGUCAGUGGCAAACGCCUUCAUGAUUUGUGGCUCCUUGUACACCAUCAGCAGCUACUCAUCCCCUGAGGCCACUGUGAAUUUCAUCUACUCCACUAAGACAGGAACGAGUGCACCACUGAACAUCCGCUUUGAGAACCGCUACAGAUACAGCAGCAUGGUAGAUUACAACCCCACAGAAAGAAAACUCUUGGCUUGGGACAACUUCAAUAUGGUUGCCUAUGAUAUCAAGCUUUCCAAGAUGUGAUCUACUUGGGGAGAGUGGGAAGAUGCCACCUGCCAGCGAGGCUUAUUUCCAAGGGAAGCUUGGAGCAGGAAGUCCACAUAGCCACCAUUACUUGGACUAGUUGCAAUAUGGGGCACACAAAUCAUGCCAAAGUUCUCCUGACCAAGCUCUACUGAGGGAACAGGAGCUGUGUGUAAGCUCACCCCUGUGCUUAGUGGCUGUGCUCUUGUGCAGCUGCUCUGCAUUUCAGUGGAGUUUAGGAAGGAGAACUUCCCAUGGAUUGUACCCCAGUUCACUGCCCUUAAUGGGCAGCCACUGCCAUUUGCUCCAAAUGUCUCUGCACAGUGUAGUCUUUCCUAAUUAGACCUGGAACACAAAUGCAUGCAGCCUUCAAAAUGACAGACUCUUCUCUUUGUUAUAAGUCAUUGCUUCUGGAGCUCUUUUCUUAGUCUGGCCAUAGGAUUCAGCACUGUUGGUUGACAAGUAGGACUGAAGUAAUCUCUCUCUCUCUUUUUAAAGAUAUUUAUUAAGAUUUUUAAAGUAUUACAAAAUGAAAAAAGAAAAAAGAAAAAUACAAAAUAAAAAUCUGAAGUAAUCUCUUUUGCUCUCUUCUGUGGACCUGACAAUGGUGCAUUCAUUACAUAAGUGUAAAGUUGCCGUUCUUAUAUUUGGCUUCAUUGUAAAGCCCAGCUUGCCCAUAACAGCCUGGUGGCUGCCUCUUCAUUGCAGAGAACGUAGCACCACUUUGUGGUGGGGAAGGGGCUGCUUAACCCUUUCUCGCCCACUUCUUUUUGCCUGAAGCUUGUCUUAAACUGCUUCCUCCUGGCAGGUCAAAGUUCCAGGUUGAAGUUUUCUGUGUGUGUUAGAAACAAACAGGGGUCCAGUGUACUGGUGUAGUAAAAGCAAUUGAGAGACAUUUCAGAGGAGUAGAAUUUGUCAGAAUUAUAAAUCUAAGAAGUGCAGUAAGUGAAUAAAAAUUCAGAACAGUCCCUGCCUGCAGGCUUGCCGUCUAAAUUCCAUUUAGGCUUUGCAAGGUCUGUUGAGGCUGGAGAACCUGUGACCCUCUAGAUGCUUUUGGACAUGCAGCUCCUAUCAUCCCUGAUGGUCAGGGCUUGGGACAGGAAGAGGUCAGCAACAAAACAAUAAAUCAUCCGAGGCCAGUGAAGGAAACAAAGCACAGCUCUUGCCCAGUGGUCUCGGCAACUCUUUCUAGGAGGUCAGUUGCGAGGACUGAAGGUCCCUGCCUUCCCAGUGCCCACCAGGACUUCUCAUCUCCAGGGUCUUUCCCACACAAUGUCAGGCUGCAUCUGCGCACCACGGCACCUCUCCUCUGCCUCUUUCAUUUCUCUGUGUGUUCUCAGAUACCAGGGGUGAAGGGAGCUGGUUGCAGCAGCAGCAGGAGGAGGAGACUCCUGUAUGGAAGUCAAUAAACAAUUAACCCUCCAACCAGUCUUAUCGGUGCAGUCAUUUCUUUUCUGCAAUGUUUCUUGAGGCACUCUAUUUUGCUAUACAGCCCUUUCCCCAAAAAACUAACGGGGUGUGCCUGGCACUGCCUGGGACUUUUUAGAAACAACAAAAAAGGUUCUUUUUAAAUGGAUAGUACAAUUUGUGGUUUGAGACCCAUAACAACAAAAAUUGGGUGAAGUCACACCAAACUCACAUUUCAGCCUGCAAUAUUAAUUCAGAAUGGCUCUUGGCAUCCAGACAUCAACAUAGACACCUCCACCCCAACCUCAGGAACCCUCAUGCUGAGUUUGGCAAUGAUAACUAGAGUGCCAGUUGAACCUAUGUCAAAAAAUGUGCCAAGUCAUGCCAAAGUGAUGUUUUGGUUUGCCAUCUUCAUUCAAAGUCAUGCCUAGCAUCCAAAUAAUGACAUAGUUUGACAUCCCACCUUGGGAACUAUUGCGUCAAAUUUGGUGAUGAUAUCCUAAGAGGUGUCUGAACGUAUAGGGACCAAGCAAAAGGACAGACAAAUCACUGAACUCUGUGGUGUAUGUAUGCUGUGAGUUGUACUUGCUUUGCAUUUGAAGCCUGCCGGGGAUCUGGUGGAAGCCUGUACUUGAUGUAUAUAGUGAAACUGCCUUAAUGCUUUGGACCUGUCAGUAAAGGACGGAACUGAGUGAAAAGUUGGAGUCUGACUGUAUUUCUUCCAGCACAAGAUGCACUGCCAUGAACCUACACGCUUGGAGGACUGCACACGUUUGGCACAUGCCAUAUGUCAACAGUGUGCACUCUAAAGCCUGCUCUUGCCACUCUCUUGAUACUCUGGCAGUUACUGUGCUGCUGUCCUGCAUUUGACUUAACUAAGUGUCCCUAUGAAGACAGGAAUGUUGUCUUCUUUGUGCCACAUCACAGGUUUUGAAAGAAGCAGCUCCUUUCUACUAGGGGUGAUGAGAGUUUUUGCCAUUUGUCCUUCUACUCAUCUGCCCACACCAUGUAUUUACCACUCACCUCCAACCCCUGAUCUGCCUGGCAGCACCUAUUUGCUCCUAGGCUCUUCUAAAUCUCAGCAUUCUCACUGCCCUAGGAUAUCUGACGCUCCUUUAAUACCUAUAGCAAGAGAGCAUCAAUAUGCUUUUGUUCUGAUGGAAUUAACCUGGCAACGCCUUCAUAAAAACUAAGAGGGCUUAUUACACAAGCGUGACAUCAUCAAGGACUCCUACUUAUCCAAUCAGAUUGAAACACUGAUGACAAAUCCACACAUAAUGGAUCAGGAUGGACACCAGGCCUGCUCUGAAGCAUCUCUGCUGAGGUUAAUAGAAUUUAACAUCUGAACUACAGUGACGUGACGUGAUGGUGGAUUUAAAGGGCACCCAACAACAGUCCACCUGUGACAGAAUUUUGACACUGCAGUGAGUUGGGGGUCAAUUUGCAUUUGUUUUAGGGGUGCCAUAUUUCAAAAAGUGAAAAUCCGAACACUAAAGUUGUUGGCCUUUUUUGGGGUGUGUGUGUUGCAAAGCUGUUGAGCUUUGACUACAGUAAAGUGGUUCAGUCACGCAGCCUUCUGUUUAGUUUCUCUCUCUUUGUGUGUGCAAUGUGUUUGACCAAAGGCCCCAUGGAAACAAGUUUUGA